AAAAAGAUAUUUUAAAUAAUGUUUUGUGUGAAAAAGCAUUGUGGAUAAAUGAUAGUAAUACAUUUUGUGUUAGAAGCAAUGAUUGUUCUAAAUAUAUUGAUAAUUGUUUAAAAAAAAAUACCUGCAAACCUUGUCUUGAUUUGAAAAAAAAUCAUGAAUUUCAAUACUGUAAUAACACCAAUAUAUUAACUUUGUGGAGUUAUCUUAACAAGCCUGAAGAUAAUACAAAGAAUUUUUGGAAUCAUUUGGCUACUUUGGGAAACAAUGGUGCUUUUGAUAAAAAUGAAGUAUUUAUUGGUCUAUGUGAAAUUUUUGUACAGGUUUCUACAAGAAUCUCAGAAGGAAAGUCACUACAAAAUAUAAAAUACCCUUCCCAAUUUACAAAUUUUUUAGCAAUAUUAUCAAAUACUAGUCCACAAGCAUAUUGUUUGCUUCAAGAAAAUCUUGCAGGAAGGUCAUUAAGAAAUCUCAG